CAAGACAUAAUAGUUAAGAAAUUGAACAUGGAAUGUUAGUUUUCGCAUUACCAUACGCGGACAAGUGUACAACAAUCUAUAAUUACAAAUUCAUCGAUUUCCACGAAGUCGAAGACACCAAUCGGUAAAUAAAACCUAAGAUCGUAGCAACAAGCAAAUCCACGUUACAAUGGAAUCCGAACCCAGAAGCAUAAAGGUGAAACUGAUUUCGUGCAAGGACGUGAGAUCCUUCAACUUCUUCCAGAAACUCACGCUCUACGCCACCGUCUUCGUCGAGAGCGAGGACCCAAAGAGGGACCUCACGGAGGAGCAGAAGCAGCGCCAGAGAACCCUAACGCACAGAGACGGCGACGGCGACGGCAGCAACCCCGAGUGGAACCACCACGCGCGCUUCCAUCUGGCCUGGCUCCCGCGCGACUCCGCCGUCGACGAUCUCUUCCUCCGCUUCGAGUUCCGCCACGACGGCCUCAUCCUCGGCGACAAGCUCAUCGGCGAGUGCCGCGUCGCGCUCGCCGAUCUGAUCCGCGACGCCGACGCCGCCGAGCGGUUCGUCAGCUACGAGGUUCGCUCCGCCGAGGGCAAGCCCAACGGGAUCUUCAAUUUCUCCUAUAAAGUGAAAGGGCUUGGGCUUGGGCCUGGGCCUGGGCCUGGGCCUGGGAUUGGGAUUGGGAACCUCUCGUCGCAGAUUCUCGAAGGGAGAAUCUCCGGGUACCCGAUUCUCGCUCCGGAGGAUUGCGCUCCAGUUCAGUCGCACGUGCAAUAUCCCACGUGCGAAAUCCAGAACACGUGUAGCUACCCGACGGUUGCUGUGCCGGUGGGUUCCGCUGUCUAUCCCGCCGCUGCACCGCCUCCGCCGCCGGAUGUUAUGUCUUCGCCCGGCGGAGGGUAUGAUUGUUAUUAUCCACCGCCGCCUCCGCCGCCGCAUGUAGCGUAUCCGUACCCUCCGCCGCCUCCUCCGGUGGUGCAUGCUUACCCGCCUCCUUUUGGGCCGCAGGCCCAUCACUGGCCACCAGGCCCGUGUUGUGAUCGCAGGUGGUAAUAAGAGUUGGAACUUGGAAGCCCAUAUUGUCUGAAGAGUGACAACAACAGUCACAGUAGCUGUACAGUAUAUUUUACUUCUCUAUUUACCUUUUUUUUUCCCUAUUGCAUUUUUUUUAGGGUUUUUCCAUUUUUUUAAGGACUUUUUUGUUUUAAACAUUUUUUUGGUAAUAUCCCAAUUUCUUCGCCAUUUAUUGUUGUUUUGGGUGGAGCGGAAAAAUCAAGGAAUUGGUAAACAAUUUUUUUUCUUUUUAUGAAUAAAAAUUACGGAAGAAAGUUUCAAUCUA